AACAAGACAAGUAGUUUAUAAGCUAAUGGCCGCAAAGUGGUCAGCCUUUACGCGGUACAACUCUAGAAAAUGAUGCACCAGAAGUUGAGAAAUGGUGCCAAAACAGUAAUGGUGGUUCUAGAUGGUUUUAAAGUGUCGAAAGGGAAGAGUGGAGGAUAUGCACCUCUGUUAUGGGCGUUGCAUGAUGCAGGUUUAGUAGAAAAAGAUGAAGUUCUCGUUCUCGUGGUUUUUAAUUUAGGAGAACCAGCUUCAUCUCCAGAUACUGGUGGUAAUUGUUGUCUUUUAAGGGAUCAUAAAAGUGGCAAGCCACCGGCUGUUGAUCACCUCAAGUUGCAAACAGAAAUCAAUACAAAAACGCAGACGCUUAUUGAUAUUUUUAAGCCGUUUCAUGAGGAAUGCAAAACUAAUGGUGUAAAAUUUAUGUUGAAGAUUGCUGUUGAUCACCAACCAAAGUCUAUAAUUAUCAACGAGGCAGACUGUGCUCGAGCUAAAUGGAUAGUCAUGGACCGGUGUUUUGCAGAUGAAAACGGCUUCCAGCUGAAUGAAAUCAAUUGUAUCACAUUGAUGUCUUUAGUGUUGGUAAGUGAUACUGAAGAACCUGUGUUACACAAUUGUUUGCCUCCAAAGCCUGAAUUGACUGGAGAACCACAUAUUUAUCAUACAUUGCCCCAACUUAUUUUUGACCAACCUUUCAAAUUAUCAUCUGAUCAAGCAAGUACAAGCACACAAGGUGAAAAUCUGACACGGGCAGCUGCUGAAAGCUGUCCGCGUAGAGGACUUGAUGGGGCCACCUCCAGAGAAAUUAUUGAGGCUAAUGAUGCACUGGGAUAUUCAUUAGAAUUAAGUUCUUGGGAAUUGAUUGCGGAUGUUACAAGUGACUUUAAGGAUAUUACUAAUAAAGAUCAGAAUGAAAAUUUCCAGAUGUUCAGAGGUCAUAUACCCAUUCAUAGAUCUGAAGUUUUAGUGAAAACAUUUAGCAGUAAGUUAAGUAGCAUCCUUGAAGCUGAAAAACUGGUGGCGGUGUCUAUGCAUCAUAAAAAUAUUUUCGGGUUGAUUGGGUACCACCAGACAGCAAAUGCCAUAUCUCUGGCUUUCCCCUUUACUACCAAAGGGACUCUGGAAAGAUUCCUGUAUGGGUCAGGAGGGAAACCAUGGCAGUUGACAUUUCAUGAUAAACUGAAUAUAGCUAUCGGCAUUAGUCAAGGCCUUAAUUACAUGCAUGAAGAGUGUCCUCAAGGUCCGGUAGCUCAUGGUGACCUGAAGAUGUCAAAUAUAUAUCUGAGAUAUGAUUUACAGCCACAGAUCACUGGUUUUGGCCACGCGAGAUGGCUGCCACAAGAGCACUCAUCAUCACCAUUUUACCACAGCUGCUUGCACAGGCAUCAAUUAGAUCCGGAAAUGCUGAAAAUAAUCAAGACAGACAUUCUUUCCUUUGGAAUCUUAAUCUUGAGGCUGUUCUGCAAAAAAUCAAUCCCACGAGAUAACAAUGUCUUGAUCAAAUGGGCUCAGCCGUUACUGUCGAGUCAUGCAUACUAUGAGAUGUUGGAUGAAGAAGAGUAUCCAGACAUGUUUGGUAUGCUGAGGGUAAUGUACGUCGCGACACAAUGCAUCAAGGCCAGGCACACAUCCAGACCCUCCGCGAGCAAGGUAGUGUCUUAUCUAAAAGGGGAGACUUCUUUUACUGCUGAAGCAUCACCUAUGUUGUCUGAUGGUAGCAGUUCCAGUAAAGAUUUCAGAAGCAUGAGCCCGAAUACCCAGUAAUUAGAUGCAUAUAUCUAUGAUUAAAAUCGCCCUUGUUGUUGAUUUCUGAGUCUAUAGAAUAAGAAAUGAAAUGAGAAUCAUCAUCGAACAAGAAUGCAUUCGCAUUCACUUGGAUUGCUUUUUCUCCUUGCAAACAACUCUACUAAAAGCAGGGGUGGUAAUAUCAGACACGACCCGAAACCCGACACGAACCCGACCCAACCCGAAACCCGAUUUACUGAGACAGAAACCCGAAAGUGACCCGAAAAUCACCCGACAGACCCGAAAUGGACCCGAAAUGACCCGAAACUAGAAUUUCAUUUGUAAUAACUUCAAUUUUUGGUUUUAUUCAAUUUUAAGUGAUUUUAGGUUGACCCGAAAUCGACCCGAUUGCUGACACGAACACGACCCGUUACCCGAAAUUGCCACCC